AAUAAGGUGCUCAGUGCGUCUGAGCGUGUGCGUCCUCUGGAAAUGCCGUCCGACGCAGUCUCAUUACCAAAAAACAGCUUCCUGAAAAUCUAGGGAUUUCACGUAGGCCUACCGACGGAACAGUUUUGCGUUAAUUUGGAAUUUAGUGUUCAUUAGGUUUAGCAGUUAUCAUAUUGACAAUGUAUAGCGUAGCGCCGACCGUGUUCAUGCUACUGCAGUUGUUCCUGGAUAAAGGCUUCUCUUACGGGUUUCUCGUGACGCCAACAUGCCGAUUACGGGGAUGGGACAUGUGGCUACCACCUUUCGAAUAGAAGCCAGAGAAGACCUUCUCCAAUCACAGGUCCCCCCUCCAGACAACGUAACAAUACAGUGCCACAAUUUCAGAACAGUGGCCUACUGGAACUACAGCCAGCCCUCUCUACAUCCCCGCUUCAUUGUGGACCUCUUCCCUUAUGGCGGCAGAGAAAAGAACAGUCGUUACUUGAAGCCAGACAGUAUAAGUGAGAGUGACUCGGUUACGAGCUGCUUCAACAUCACGCAUCGCCACUGCAACGUGUCCAAGCUGGUCCUGCGCUCAGUCCGGCACGGCUUCUACCUCAACGUAACAGCAGUGGUCGGAUUGAACCGGUCGGAGCCCACUGCAUCUGCAGAAUUCACCUACAACUCGAACGAGUUUCAGGAUGAACUCUGCUUUCUGGAUUUCCCGCCCGUUAACCUGUCUGAGUCAGACGGCAUGCUCAAAUUUGAGUUCCCUCACCCCUUCGACUUCUACAGUGAGGCCCUGCGUCACGUUAAUGAUAGAAAGUACUACAAGAGCUUCACCUACGAGGUCCUAGGGCAGGAGAAAAUGCGGCUGGACUGCGAGAGGAAGAAGAAGGGCCUGUGCGAGGGACUCGUGUCGGCCCCCGGGGCCCAGGAGAAACCCUGCAUCCGGCUGAAAGGCACGAUGAACAACAUACACAUCGCAACCGCUGAGGAAGUCUGCCUCCAGGAGCUCAACCAGACUGCCCUAACCAUUCAACCUCCAAAAGCCUAUUCUGCAGAUAAUUGGUCCUUAAUCCUCGCCCUGGCGGGUGCUGGUGCUGCCGUGGUGGUCUUUACUGUUUGUGCGGGUCUGGUGUUCAGAAGAAAGACUAAGGGCAGCACUGCCUUCCCCAAGAUUAUGGCGUCCAUGCUGGCCAAUCCGCACUCGGCAAGGCGGUUACUGCAGCCCGAGACUGACGCCACGUCGGAGGUUCUGUCUGUGGCCCCCCGUUCUGACUCUGAACAAGAGUCCCCCGAUGGCCAGGUCCCUACAGGCACUCUCAUCCCUGAGGAAGGGUCCCGAUUCCCCAUCGGCACGGUCAUAGGACGUGGCGGCAGCUUCAGCGAGGGCCAGACCUACGAUGGGUUGGGCGGAUCGGAGCAGGGGAGCAGGAGCGAGGAGGAGGAGCAGGAGAACAGCGCCUGCCGAGGCGUGGAGUCCUCUGGCUACGACCGGCCCCAUGUCUCCCUGACAUUUGAGAUUAGCCCAGGGGACCGCGUGCAGGGGUACAAGCUAACCCAGGCCUGAGGAGUUCUCAGUCAUCCUCAAACUCUGCCUCCUCUGGCCAACUUCCCCAACAGCUCAACGCGAUACCGGAAUAUAUAAAAAUCCACCGGACAUGUUACUAAAGCAGCUGUAUUUUAGUCAGCUGCUUUUAUUUGAAAUGAAUUCCAAAUCGGACAAAGUCGUAUGUUCCAUUAGUUUCAGGGGUCCAGUCAUUUCUGUCGUGAGCUGUUGCAUUGCACAGCCAAUCACCAGGUAACAAUAAGUGGAACAAUGGCAUCUGUGAUUGGUGGACACUUUCUUCUGAGGUGCUUGGUAGGGGGAGGUGACCACUGCCAUUUCCCUUAGCUUAUUACCGUUGAUCCGUAUGGGGCUAUGUAUUAAUACCGGUUGCUCUGUAGGCUGAGUCCCAGGCCAUGAAAUUCAUUGUUGUAGUUUUUGAGCCUGCUUUUUUUGCCAAAUCUGCUUUUUGGCCUAAAUAUUGGUGGAGCUCAAGCAUCUUGUAAAAGCAGUGUAUUUGAGGUUGAGGGAAGUCCUAACAUGCUAGCUGCCUGUCUUUAGAGGGCCUUAAAGUAAAUUUUCUUAUCUGUAGCUUUGCACAAAACAAUGUAUCCUUCAGAUGUAACCUAUAGAAUAGGUUUGUUGUACCCCUUGUUGGGAAACAGACAGUUUUAUGUAUUCUAAGUCCCGGAGGGAGGAGAAACCCCCAUGACCAUAUGGGCCUCCAUUCCUUUCGGUUUCGAGGUUUCCCCUCCUGGGAAUUUCCACGGGGCCCCUGUGGGGGGCGAGCCCCCCAUGACCAUUAUGGAUUUGAAUGGUCCAAUCGGAAGGAACCACGGCCCCUUAUCACCAAUCAGAGGCAGUGCUUUACAUUACAGGCAUUUAGCAGACGCUCUUAUCCAGAGCGACUUUUACAUAGCAUUUACAUUGUAUCCAUUUAUACAGCUAUACUGAAGCAAUGCAGAUUAAGUACCUUGCUCAAGGGUAUAACGGCAGUGUCCUACCCAGGAAUUGAACCUAUGACCUUUCGGUUAGAAGCCCAGUUCCUUACCUACUGUGCUACACUGCGGCCCUAGAAUUCCACUAUAUGCAAAUGUCAAUGUACUGAAAACUGUAUAAAUCUAACGACACAUAAGUACCUUGAACUUUCUCACUGAGUUGUUUCCGUAGCCGGCUGCUUAAUAAAUCUUCCUACGUUUUUACUACGACCUUCUGAUCUGCUUCUUCCUGGGAUAACGGUCAUUUUACUUGUUUUUGGUAAUAUCUUGAAUAACCAACACCCUUUAACAGCUGUCAACAAAGGUCUACAUUCCUUGUUCUGUCAAACCAGUUUCCUCGCCUUAUAUGAAAAUGUGGCGUAUUUUUUUAUUUUCUCGCUACAAACCGAAGCAUAAUGACCGAACGUCAGCAAAGAUCCGAUCUCGUCAUGGAAUUUGUUACUAAUGGAAUGAAAGUGAGAUUCCAGCCAGGCUUGGUGUUAAAGAAGGGAAAAGUUCACUAGGAUAUUAACACCAACAGGUUUUGGUUUUAUACCUUCAUCAGGGUUACAUUUUAAAAGCAUAGAAGGACAAAGAUACUUAUCUAGGUCAAUUCAAAGAUAGAAGCAAACGAGUUGGGGGUCAAAAUCAUUGCUUGGGACAAUCAGCCAGUGACACAUGCGCAAAUGUCGAACUUCACUAUAGAGAGUGAGGUGGAAAGAUCAGGUGAUAAUUGGUCAAAUUUGAUUGAACAAGUUUCUCCCAGUUACUGUUCCACGGGUUCAGCAGAUAUGUGUGCCUUGAUCAUUGUAGCUGAAUUUUGCAUUAAAGCCUAACAACAAAGCCUAACAAUUGCAUGUGUACUUUAUUUGGCACUUAUGUAUGUAUAUAUAUAUAUGUAUAUAUAUAUAUAUAUAUAUGGCACUUAUGUAUGUAUAUAUAUAUAUAUAUAUAUAUACACACUUUUUUUUUAAAUUAAUGCUUAUGCCGUGCCACUAUAUUUUGUUGCUGGAAACACUUUUCAUUGUAAUACUGUCUGACAGUAGUUGAGUCUAGCCAAGAAUCUGCCUACUGAAACCAUUGCGAACAUUUCAGUUUGUCCAAAACAUAUUGUAUGUUGUAAAUGUUUUUAAACUACCCUUUUUUGUAUUUCUGUAUUUCAAUGUCUACUCAAUUGCAUGCAAUUGCAAUUAAUACUCAAUUGCAUGACAUUGAAUUGAAUGUGAAAUAGGGAUUUUAACAGUUCAUCGAUUAACUGUUAAUCGGUAAUAACGUUGAUCGAUUUAAUUUAAUUGAUUUAUACGGUUAAAUUUCAAUAAACCAUUCCUUGACUAA